AUGUGCGCAACGAUCCAAAUAUCGGGACUGCGGCAAUAUGACUGCGAUGUCGCCCUGCUCGACGAGCUGGCGGCGAAAUUACCCCCGGAACGGCUGCUGGAAUGGGCACGGUACAAGGUGCAAUUGCCAGAGGCUACCGUCAGCGAAUUCGGCAAGUGGAUUGGAGAAAUCGCGACGGCUGCCAGGUUAAUGGUGAAGAUAUCAAAAAAGGGGCCAAUACUUGAUCGCCGUGAAUCACCAAACACUCGACAAGCGCAUGUAACCGUACACACAACCGAACCAUCUACCAGUCAUGGAAACAUUCUGCUACGCUAUGUACCGGUCAUCCUUUACGGCAAUAAUAAGGAGGUACGGACGUACGCUCUCCUUGAUGAAGGGUCGACAGCGACAUUUAUAGAGCAUAGUUUGAUCGAAGAGCUCGGUGUUGAGGGCAGACCGGAUCCGAUGAGUUUGAGGUGGACGGGCGGCACCACACGUCAGGAGGUUGGCUCAGUUCGUGUGGCACUUAGCAUCUCAAGCGUGCGCGAAGGGUCCAAGGCGUUCCAUCUAAAAAUAGUACACUCUGUUAACGAUUUAUCUCUUCCAGAACAAUCAGUAAGCAUGGAAGAACUAAGUGCAAGGUAUACUCAUCUGAGGGGAUUGCCUGUCGCCUCGUACUACAAGGCAAGACCCCGUAUCCUGAUUGGCGUGGACAACUGGGGCCUAGGCAGGCCUCUCAAGUACGCCGAAGGUGGGAGUAGAGAGCCGCUCGCUACGAAGACGAAGCUAGGUUGGACCGUUUUUGGGGCACGCGGUGGAUCGUCACGUGGAGAAGCAGUUCGUAGCUGUUAUCAUGUGUGCAUAUGCGAUGGUGUUUCGAGUGACCAUUUAUACAACGCAUUGAAGACACAUUACGCUAUUGAAUCGCUGGGAAUUAGUAGCACAAAGACCGUUAUUCCGAAGGAAAAUGAAAGGUCCAAUGCAAUCCUUGCAUCGGAAACCCGAUUGCUGGAUAACCGUUACCAAACAGCCUUACUGUGGAAAUACGACGACGUACGGCUGCCGUGUAACAGAAACAUGGCUUUGAGAAGAUAUACGGGCCUAAGAAAAAAGAAGGAGAAAGAUCCCAAAUUAGCGAACGCUAUCACCCAAAAGAUGAAGGACUACGAGGCGAAGGGCUACAUCCGCCGAAUGAACGAGAGUGAGGUUGCUAAACGGGAGCCCAGAGACUGGUUCUUGCCAAUUUUCCCAGUCUUCAACGUCAAUAAGCCAGGGAAACUCCGAAUGGUGUUCGACGCUGCCGCACAGGUCCAAGGAGUUAGUCUAAACAGUUUCCUCCUCACAGGGCCGGACCAGUUGGUGGGAUUGGUCGCAGUACUCUACAAAUUUCGUGAGUUCCGUGUAGCAGUAACGGGAGACAUCCGCGAGAUGUUUUUCCAAGUACGUAUGAAACCAGCAGACCAACGUAGCCAAUUAUUCUUCUGGGAUGACGGGAGCAGUCCAAACAGGCCACCGAAUAUCUACGCAGUCUCCGUCAUGACAUUUGGAGCUGCUUGUUCUCCUGGUAGUGCUCACUACGUGAAGAAUAUCAACGCGGAUAGGUUCGCUGAAAGGUUUCCCCGAGCUUCACAGUGCAUAAAGUACGAACACUACGUAGAUGACAUGCUGUCCAGCGUCGAGACGGAGGAGGAAGUAGUAACGUUAGCAGAAGACGUUAAACACGUACAUGCACAAGGUGGAUUCGAGAUCCGGAACUGGUUAUCCAAUUCCAGGGAGGUAGUUAAGCGCUUGCGAAGCGCAGCCAACGACCAAACAAGCAUCGAAAUGUGUGCCGAACAAGGCACGGAAAAGGUAUUGGGAAUGUGGUGGAACACGGAGGAUGACACAUUCACCUUUCGACUCAGCCCGAAGAACGACCAGGAGCUAUUGGCUGGAACCAAGAUGCCCACAAAACGUGAAGUACUUCGAACGCUGAUGGUCAUAUAUGAUCCUCUAGGUCUGAUUGGACACUUUCUGAUGUUUCUGAAAGUCUUACUGCAAGAUCUGUGGCGCUCCCGUCUAGGAUGGGAUGAUACUCUGGAGGGCGACGUCGCGAAGAAAUGGUUGAAAUGGGUAGCAGUACUGCCUGACCUGCAAAAGACUACCGUUAGAAGAUGUUAUCGAGAAUUAUCGUCGCACAGUGUCAACAACAUACAACUGCACAUAUUUUGCGACGCCAGUCAAAGCGGUAUGGCAGCGGUAGCUUACCUGCGAUUCGAAGAAAAUGGCACAAUAGAGUGCGCACUGGUCGGCUCGAAAACACGUGUAGCGCCGAUUAAAUAUCUGUCCAUUCCAAGGCUCGAGCUGCAAGCCGCAUUAAUAGGGGCUCGCUUCGCCAGGCACAUAGCAGACGAGCAUCGUUUAAGCAUCACCAAAAGGAUAUUUUGGACCGAUUCGAGAAACGUCGUUAGCUGGAUCAGGUCCGACCAUAGGCGAUAUUCCCCAUUUGUUGCAUUUCGGGUAAGCGAAUUGAUCGAAUCCACUAACACGGAAGAAUGGCAUUGGCUAUCAACCAAGCUAAACGUCGCGGAUGACGCGACCAAAUGGCAGGCGAUUCCGGAAAUGGGGCCGUCGGGACGAUGGUUUCGUGGGCCGGAGUUCAUCUGGCAACCAGAAGGAGAGUGGCCGAUAAACAACGCCGAUGCCGGAGAGACGGUCGAGGAAGCUCGGCAAGUAAUCCUGCACCACACAAUAGACGAUUAUCUGGUUGACUUCACACGGUUUUCGCGAUGGAAAACGCUCCUGAGAACAGUCGGAUACGUCAUACGGUACGUAGAAACUCUACGGCGCAAGGUCCGACAGCUUGAAGUACCAAAGGGGCCACUAACGCAGGAGGAACUAUCGACAGCGGAACGAACAAUAUUCAUCGUCGUCCAAAUGGUAGAGUUUGGGAGUGAUGUGAAGCGCAUGAAGAACACCACCGACAGGAAGUAUCCAUGGACGAAACCGCUGAAAAGGGAAAGCAAACUAUAUAAGCUUUGUCCCAUUUUAGAUGAACAUGGUGUGCUUAGAGUACACGGGCGUAUUAACCACUACCUUUUUGAUGAGUCACUUCAGAGACCGGUAAUCCUCCCGAGGCGGCACCAUGUCACAGACCUUAUUAUACAGGACUUCCAUGAAAGGUACUGUCAUCAGAACCAUAGGACGGUGGUAAACCAACUACAGGCGAAGUUCCACAUACCGAAGGUUCGGGUAGAAUUCAACCGCGUGCGACGCCUGUGUCAGUGGUGCAAGAUCCGCGAUGCAGCGCCAAACCCGCCGAUAAUGGGGAGCAUCCCUUUCCAAAGGCUUGCAGUUUCGCAAAGGCCUUUCACCUACACCGGGCUGGACUAUUUUGGACCGAUACAUGUCACCGUUGGACGUCGCCAUGAGAAACGGUGGGGAGCGAUCUUCACCUGCCUGACAACGCGAGCGAUUCAUUUGGAGGUAGUACACACGCUUACAACAGCCUCCUGUAUUCUGGCGAUCCGCCGAUUCGUCGCGAGACGUGGAUCACCACGUGAGAUCAUCAGUGACCAGGGCACUAAUUUCGUCGGAGCAGCGCGAGAGUUACGAGAAGCCUUGAAGGACGUCGACACGGAUGCGUUAAUGGAGAGGUUUUCGAGUCCGGUGAUGAAGUGGACUUUCAACCCACCAUCCGCGCCUCACUUUGGUGGAUGUUGGGAGCGUCUGGUGCAAUCGGUCAAGAAGGCGCUAAGCAGCCUGGAUUUACCCAAAACUCCGAGCGAUGAGCAGCUGAUAUCAACCCUAACGGAAAUCGAACUAAUUAUUAAUUGCAGACCACUGACGUACAUACCUUUAGAAGACGAGAUGGACUCUCCGAUAACGCCAAACCACCUCCUGUUGGGUAGCUCGGACGGAGCUAAGCCAGAAGCGUUCCUGGAUGAUUCGCCGGCAGCUGUAAAGGCAUCGUGGUGUGCUGCACAACGUAACGCGCAGCUAUUCUGGAAGAAGUGGACCGAAGACUACUUGCCAACGUUAACCCGGCGAACGAAGUGGUUCGAACCUGUAAAACCAAUCGCAGUCGGCGACAUAGUGUUGAUUAUCGACGGAAACCUACCUCGUAGUUGCUAUCCGAAGGGACGCGUAAUCGCAAUAGUUCAGGCAAAAGACGGUCAGCCCUACAUCCAUCUACUCAACAAUAUCAAAAACCAGGAAGAAUCCAAUAACAAUAAUAAUGGCUAA